CUCACUUUCUAUUUUCUCAUCCGGUUUAUCGCUGAGCGAAAGCCUUUUUGUCCUAUCUGAUUCUCGUUUUCUCCCUUUCGUCUAUACAUAUUUCUUCGCUGUUACCUUUUCAAGAUGGAUCGGAUUAAGGAGAAAAUGUCCGCCCUCCGCAUCGAGGCUGAUGAGGCCCAGGAGAAGGUUGAGGAACUUAAGGGCACCGUGAAGAAGCUGGAGCAGGAGAACUUGGCAAAGGAACAGGAAAUCACAUCUCUUACCCACCGCAACCAACUCCUUGAGGGUGAGGUGGAGAAACUGGAGACUUCCCUGAAGGAGGCCAAGGAUGCCGCCAGUCAGAGUGCUCAGCACGAUACCCAGAAUGAAGCUCUCCAGAGGCGUAUGCAGUUGCUAGAAGAGGAGGCUGAGGAUGCCGACCGGAAUCUGCGGGAGACAAACGAGAAGCUGCGUCAAACAGACGUCAAGGCUGGUCACUACGAACGCAAGGUGCAGGCUCUCGAAUCAGCUCGUGACGAGUGGGAGAGCAAGUACGAGGAGAUGGCAAAGAAGUACGCAGAGCUGCAGAAGGAGCUCCACGACCUCGAGGUCUCGAUCAGCAAUGUUUAGGCGUGAGACUAGGCACAUGCGUAGAGUCAUGGAAAGGUUGGAUUCGGUCUUUUUUAAAAGAGUGCUACAGUUUUCACACCACACCACCUAUCCUUUUAUAUUACCUCUGUCUGCAGGAGAUAGAUCUAGUAGGAUCUCUGCCUCUUGUUAUGCAGCUGUUUUAUACUUUUCAU